GUCGACAAAUACCUUAUGGGUUUUAUGAUCUCAUUCUAUAUAGACUUAGUUAAAACAGUACACGCUUACAUUUUGGCUUAAUCAUUGUAACAAAUGUAUUGUAAUUAUGGCUUUUUACGCUUGUAAAAAUGCUAUACAGUAGUCAACACAGUUGGACUAUUCAAACGAGUCUAGAGGCGGAACAGUUUUCAGGAAAGCUCGGCGUGCCGCCCGACCGCUAAUGUGUGAUGGACCGGGAAGAAAUGGUGUGAAAGUGGAGUCCAUCAUUUGACAAGUAAUAUAUUAUUGAUGUCUGGAACAUCAUCGUGAGAGAAAAUGUGUCAGUAUGACUGAAGGCAGUGGGAAAUUACCAGAUGUACUGGGAUAGAAAGCUAUUAUAGAAUCCAAAGGAUACUAAUCUGGGACGGCUUUGUUUACUUUGAACAUGAGCAAGCUCUGCUGUUUCUCUGUGAAUUCUUUAGCUUAAGCUUGGAUGUGAAGAGGACCUAGCGAAAACAGAUUGCAUCUGAUCUUAACAGAAUAAAGACAUGAAGAACCUUUCAGUUUCACACAAAACAGUGUUUGUUGUGGACCAUUGUCCCUACAUGUCAGAAUCCUGCAGGCAACAAGUGGAGUUUGAUAUGCUAAAUAAAAAUCGAGCUCAAGGCAUCAUUCCACUGGCCCCUAUCUCAAAAUCUCUGUGGACAUGUGCUGUUGAAUGUUCAAUGGAAUAUUGCAGAAUAUUAUAUGAUAUAUACCCAUCCAAGAAGCUGGUUUGUUACAUUGUAAGCGACUCUGAGUUUCACAUUUUAAAUAGCUGGAACCAAGAAGAUCAAAAUGUUCAAGAGCUGAUGUCUGCCCUUGCAGCUGUUGGUCCCCCUAACCCUCGUGAAGACCCUGAGUGUUGUAGCAUAUUACAUGGAUUAGUGGCUGCAGUAGAGACUCUGUGCAAAGUUACAGAAUACCAACAAGAAGCUCGCAUCUCAAUGAUGGAUAAUGUAGAGCGCGUAAGCAACAGAGGCCGAAUUAUCUGCAUCACAAAUGCAAAGAGUGACACACAUGUGCGAAUGUUGGAGGAUUGUGUUCAAGAAGCAAUUCAAGACCACAAUAAACUUGCCGCUGGGUCAGAUCGUCUUAUGCAGAUUCAGCAGUGUGAACUGGUUCUUAUUCACACAUAUCCAUUUGGAGAUGACACUCUUGUAUCUGACCGGCCAAGGAGAGAGAUUUCUCCUGUCCUGACCAGUGAAGUACAUAGUGUUCGUGCAGGAAGGCACCUUGCAGCAAAGCUAAACAUUUUAGUUCAGCAGCACUUUGACUUGGCUUCCACUACCAUCACAAAUAUCCCCAUGAAGGAAGAACAGCAUGCAAAUACAUCAGCUAAUUAUGAUGUGGAGUUAUUUCAUCAUAAAGAUGCUCAUUUAGAAUUCAUCAAAAGUGGUGAUUUGCAUCCCCCAGGUAGCAACAGCAGGGACAGCAAUCUUAAAGAAACUGUCACUUUGAAGUGGUGCACUCCACGAACUAAUAGUGUUGAACUUCAUUUCUGCACAGGAGCUUUUCGUAUAUCUCCUGUUGAUGUCAACAGCCGACCCUCAUCUUGCCUGACAAAUUUUCUUCUUAAUGGGCGCUCUGUACUUCUGGAACAGCCUCGAAAGUCAGGCUCCAAAGUCAUCAGUCAUAUGCUCAGUAGUCAUGGAGGAGAGAUCUUUCUUCAUGUUCUCAGCAGCACGCGCUCUAUUUUAGAAGAUCCACCUUCUAUCAGUGAAGGCUGUGGUGGCAGAGUAACAGACUACAGAAUUACUGAUUUUGGAGAGUUUAUGAGAGAAAAUCGUUUAACACCUUUCCCAGAGUUUAAUAUGAUGGAAAGUAAUGAGGUUCCUUUGGAGAGAGCGAAGGCUCAACUUGAACGACACACUCGCUACUGGCCCAUGAUUAUUUCCCAAACAACAAUUUUUAACAUGCAAGCGGUGGUUCCUUUAGCCAGCUUAAUUGUAAAAGAAAGCCUGACAGAAGAUGAUGUGCUAACGUGUCAAAAGACUGUUUAUAAUUUAGUUGACAUGGAAAGAAAAAAUGACCCCCUUCCAAUCUCCACAGUGGGCACAAGAGGAAAAGGUCCCAAAAGAGAUGAACAAUACAGGAUUAUGUGGAAUGAAUUGGAAACUCUGGUCAAGGCACACAAUAAGACCUCAGAAAGACACCAGCAUGUCUUGGAGUGCAUCCAGGCCUGUCGGAGCAAACCUCCUGAAGAAGAAGAACGUAAAAAGAGAGGCAGAAAGAGAGAGGAGAAAGAAGACAAAAGUGAAAAGAAUGGCAAGGAUGUUGAACCAGAGAAAACUUGGCAGGAGUCCGAAAGAUUAAAAGGAAUUUUAGAUCGAGAGAAAGAAGAAUUGGCUGAAGCUGAAAUCAUAAAAGAUUCUCCAGACUCUCCAGAGCCUUUAAAUAAAAAGCCCAGGUUAGCAAUGGAGGAAAUACAUCCAGUGGACAAAGCAAAGGGCCCAGUAUCAUUAUUGACAUUAUGGACCAACAGGAUAAAUGUUGCUAAUUCAAAAAAACACCAAGAAUUUGUUGGACGCAUGAAUUCUGUAAACAACAAGGCUGAAUUAUACCAACAUCUUAAAGAAGAAAAUGGGGUGGAUGCAGUUGAAAAUGGAAAAUCCAGCCGAUAAUGAAGAUUAACUAAUGAGCUCAUCAUGUUUUACUUGAAGCAGUCCAGGCAAAUUCAUACAGUAGUCAGGUUAAUAUGAUUCAGUCUAUAGUGUUUUACUUUUUAUAAUGUUUAUAGCUAAAAAAAGUUACAUUUUGUUUAAAGAAAACUUUUUAAGAAAAUUUGUUUUAUAAAAAAAAAAAAACUUUGUGAAAAAUAAAUAAAAUGAAUAUUCAUCUCA